CUAUAUCAAUAGAGUAGAUGAGAGGUGAGGGCAUUUAAGUAAUUUACCAAUGAGAAUGGUCUAUAUAAGCUGAUAUUGUUAGAGAUAUGGAUCCAGAGAAGGUGUGUACUAGAUUUUAGAUCAGUGCAUUUUAUCAAAGUGAGGAAAAUCAUGGGGAGAAAAGUGGCUCUGUUGGUGGGAUGCAACUACUCAGGCAACCCCAAAUGCCGUGAAAACGGGCUGUAUGGGUGCAUAAAUGACGUGAAAGCCAUGCAAGGCCUGAUCCGUCACCGCUUCGGCUUUCUGGAUGGCAACAUUACGAUCUUGACCGAUGAGACGCAGAAGCAGCCCACGCAGAAGCAGCCCACGCGUCUUAAUAUUCUAGAUGAGCUUAAUAAGAUGAUCGAUGCAGCUAACCCGGGAGACACCUUGUUAUUCUACUUCAGUGGGGGUGGGGCUCUGGUUAAUCGCCCGGUUAAUCCCCCGGUUACGAAUGAGAUCAAAAGGGGCAAGUCAGCGAUCAUUCCUUGCGAUCUCAAGCCCAUUACAGGUGCGGACAUGGUGGCUAUACUCAAUCGGUUGCCGGACGGGGCAUUCUUCACCUUCAUAUGCGACUCGUCAUACAGUGGCGGCCUCUUCGACGAGAAUGUUCAGACUGAAUCCAAUGUCCCUGAUCAUGCGAACAACUGCAACUUCAAAUCGAAAACCAUUCCCUCUAAUUUACUUCAGUCUAUCAAUGUUAGUGAGAACUUGCCAGCAGGCAUCCCACCACCCGUUAUCCUGUUCAGCAGCUCUAGGUGGAACGAGGAAUCGGUGGAAGUGCAUCUAAACUGCGAUGUGUCAAUGGCAUUCAGCGCAUACAGCGGUGCGAUCCAGAAAUUGUUUAACUCGCCCCAAGCAGGGAAUGGUCUCAAUGCGCCGUACGCCAAUAGGGAGGUAGAUGCAUUUACUAGGGCAUCGUUGGGCUAUCUAGGGUUCGAUCAACACCCGUGCCUCAUCCCCAAUAAGAAUAAUGCGGUUGCACUUUUCCUGAACGGCUAUGGCCCAGGGGUCUGCAGGAUUGUCUAGCUAUUGCAUGGAAUAAAGAUAAUUGCGUGUGAAGGUUUGCAUAUUAGUUUUCUACCAAGGUUCUCCAAGCGUGUAGCGGGUACUCUUCACGUUAUCUAGCUGUUGUAUGGAAUAAAGAGAACCGUGUUUGAAGGUUUGUAUUAUGUUGUAUAUCCAGUUUCUUCAUGCGUGUAGCGGAUAGCCUGCACGUGUAUAACUAUGGUAUGAAAUAAAGAGACUGGUGUUUGAUGGUUUGCAUACAA